AUGGCUAGCGAUAUCGACUGUAGAGCACAUGGUGGCAAUAUCAUCAUGAAACUUAAUAUGGAAAAAGCCUAUGACAGAAUGGAAUGGCCGUUCAUUUGCGCCGUCCUUAAAUUGGCGUUCAUUUGUCCUAGGUCCAGUUGGCUAGGCAAUGUUGGGAAGGAUGCUAGUUCUCCAUUAUCAUCAAUGGGAAACCGCAUGGUUUCUUUCCUUCUUCGAGGGGUCUCCGUCAGGGGGACCCCCUCUCAUCGGCCAUCUUUAUCAUUGCGGUGGAGGCUCUCUUCAAUCCGCCCGUUGCUAGCUUUCAUCAAGUCCUAUGAGAAUGAGUCGGGCCAGAAAUUUAACUCCUCUAAGAGCAGCUUUAUUCUUCCUACGAAAGCUCCUUUCAUUAGAGCCAGGCUGAUUGAAAGAAUGACAGGAUUUCAGCGAGCUUCGUUCCCCAUUACUUAUCUCGGUGUUCCCUUACUCAAAGGGAGGAUCAGAUAUUGCCACAUGCUGCCCCUCAUUCAAAAAAUCGAACAUAGGAUUGCCAAAUGGAAGGCUAAACUCCGCAACCAAGCUGCUAAGAUGGUUCUCAUUAAGCACGUCCUUGCUAGCAUGUCCAUGCAUAUCCUCUCUUCAGUCAACAUCCCAAUUAGAGCCAUCCAUCACGUCGAGAAAUCCAUGGCCUCUUUCUUCUGGGGAUCCUCAGAAGGGUCCAAUCACCAUCACUGGGUCAGCUGGAAGGAGAUAUGCUACCCAACCUCAGAGGGGGGCCUUGGGCUCCGUCGAAUGCAUGAAGCCAUGCAAGCUUUCCGUUAUAAGAUGCUUGACAACUCUUCCAGGGGAAAUCUUAAUGGGCCAAGCUUAUUUCAGCGAAGUACUUUCGGUUGGCUUCGCCCCUCUUCCGCCCAAGCAGGAGCAGCAACUCUAGCCUUUGGAAGGACGUCAACAAUAAUGUGCAAUUUUGCAUCCUUAAUUCCAUAUGGCUAA